AUGCCUUGGGAGUCGAUAUUCCCCUACACAUACUACGUACAAUGGAGCCUGUACUGGGAUAACAAUGUCACUACACUGGACGAGUUCGCCGCCAUGGGCUACAACCUGAUCCACAUCGUGCCUACCGGCAGCCUGGGCGAUAGCUCAUUCCCCUGGGACCAGUUCCAGCCGUAUCUAGACCGUGCCCGUGAGCUAGGCAUCUUCUUCCAGUACGACGUGAUCUGGAGCCCCUCAAACAACACCGCAAUGAUUGAGCAAGUCACGCGGCUGCGCAGCCAUCCAUCCAUCCUCUUAUGGUAUCAGAGUGAUGAGCCAGACGGCAAGAGCAACCCUAUUAAUUCAACCGGUCUUGCACGCGAGAAGAUAUGGGAGCUCGACCCUUACCAUCCAUCUUCCUUAGCUCUGAACUGCUAUGACUUCUAUUAUUCCGACUAUGCUAAGGGCGGUGAGGUCAUUUUGAGCGAUGUCUACCCCAUCAGUACCAACACUAGCUGGUCGACGGUGUAUGGGACCCCGUGCAACGCGACGUAUGGCUGCUGUGGCUGCGACGACUGCAAUGGCGUAUUCGAGGACAUUUCGGAUCGCAUUGAAGAGUUCAACCGUCGAGACGAUAUCCUCGGCUGGGAGAAGACACACUGGUCGGCACCCCAGGCUUUCGGUAACGAGACAUUUUGGACGCGGUACCCGACUGCCGCGGAGGAGGUGGUAAUGGCUUUACUAGCCGUCAACCACGGCGCUAAGGGCCUGGUGGCGUGGGAUUUUCCAACAACGGCUGAGCUCUCUGUAGUCACGCAGAAGUUGGCAGGUAUUAUGACGAGCGCUAUGAUCGCCAAGUUUCUCCUUCAGACGCCGUUGAUGAAGUUGACUGUGGCGGGUGGCAGGAGGGUAGACGCCACGAUCUGGGUUGACAAGCACAAAAAACAGGCACUCCUCAGCGUUAUCAAUCUUAAUUAUAGUGAUAUGAAGGGAGUAGUCGAAGUUUCCUUGCCAAAUGGACUGAAAAUUAAGUCGGUGUCUCAGACCCUUUGGGGAGAUGUCGUAUGGGAGAUCGAUAGCCCGAAGAUGGUAUCUACAUCGCGUGGUCUUCUGGGGCUACAGGUGUCCCUAGUAGUACUGCGCCUAUUUGAUUAG